UAUAUAAAGAGCCUUCCCUCUGCAACAAUUCAUUGUGCCAACUGCCAAGGAACUACUCAGGUUUUUCAGUAAUGGGGGCUCAUUCUUCAGCAGCAGCAGCAGCUCUGUUCACUGGCUUUCUUGCCUUGGCUACACUUGUGAGCUGCAACACUGAAGGUGACAUUCUGUACGCGCAAAGGCUGGCAUGGAAGGACCCCUUCAAUGUGCUGCAGAGUUGGGAUCCAACCCUUGUAAAUCCCUGCACCUGGUUCCAUGUCACCUGCAACAAUAACAACUCCGUCGUCCGCGUGGAUUUGGGGUUAGCAGGUCUAUCAGGUCCUCUGAUUCCACAGCUGGGAGGACUGAGUUACCUUCAGUACCUUGAACUGUAUGGGAAUGAGCUGAAUGGAUCAAUACCAGCAGCACUGGGCAACCUGAGCAGUCUUGUCAGCCUUGAUCUCCAGGGCAACCUGCUCACUGGCGCGAUACCGGAUUCGCUAGGCGCCAUUAGCACCCUGCGAAAUCUGAGGUUGUAUGGGAACAACCUGACUGGCACCAUACCACAAUCUUUGGGCAGCCUGACGAGCCUUGUCAAAUUGGAGCUUCAGAAGAAUUCAUUGAGUGGCACCAUCCCUGCUUCUCUCGGCAACAUCAAGACAUUGGAGUUGUUGCGACUGAACAAAAAUUCACUUACCGGCACAGUGCCAAUGGAAGUCCUCUCCCUUGUCCUUGUCGGCAACUUGACUGAGCUAAAUGUUGCUGGAAACAAUUUGGACGGCACUGUCGGAUCAACUGGGUGGAGAGUGACUACCAUCAUUCAGGACAAUCUGAAGACCUCAGGCUGAGGCAAAUAUCAGGAGUCAGGAUUUGUUUUACCACACACCUUGGGAGAUGGGAGUUGGGAAACAAUUAUUUGAUGCUUCAUUCUAGACAUAUAGUAGUGUAUUUUUUAUUUGAAUAAAAUUUGUUCUGCCCCUUUGUGGCAACUCCCAUUUAUGGAGAUGAGAUGUGUGUAUAUAUUUCUGAAAAUAAAGAUGAGCUUGGCAUCAUUCACCA